AUGGAGCACCAGCCGGCAGUGAAUGGACAUGCCACCCCCACAGCUCACCCAAAAGACACCCCAGGAGGAAGUCACUUCCAUAAGGGCAUGCAGCCUGGCAAGUGGCGACAGACGGGUGUGGAGUCAAACGGUGUGGGAGAGCCCCUGGCGGGGACUGGGACCAUUGCUGGGGUGUACGUGGAGGCUUCCAAGAAGACAAUGAGCUUUUAUGAUGCCACCAGAGAGCAUUUCCUGAUGUCUGAGCCAGCACUUGCUCUUCUGGAGGCUCAGGCAGCCACAGGCUUCCUCAUUGACCCGGUGGGGAACAAGCAGCUCUCCGUGGCAGAGGCCGUGAGACUGGGGCUGGUAAGCCUGGAGCUGAAAGAAAAGCUGCUGUCUGCAGAGAGAGCAGCGAUUGGCUUCAUGGACCCCUACACAGAUGAGAAGAUCUCACUCUAUCAAGCCAUCCAAAAAGAGCUGCUCGGGCGGGAUCAGGGCGCUCGCCUGCUGGAGGUCCAGAUCGCCACAGGGGGCCUCGUGGAUCCAGCCACCAGCCACCGCGUCCCCAUGGACGUUAUCUACGAGCAGGGACACUUUGGUGACGAGAUGAGCCAGCUCCUCUCUGACCCCAGCUCUGCUGCUGCCAGAGGGUUUCUUGACCCAAACACCAGCGAGACGGUCACCUAUCUGGAGCUUAAGAAACGGUGCAUGAUCGAUCCCUCCACAGGGCUCCUCCUCUUGCCUCUGAAAAUCACCUUCCCAGGGCUGAGAGGGAGAGUGAGCAGCAGUGAGCUGCUCAGCUCCAGCAUCAUUGACAUGGACACGUUCAGGGCCCUCGAGGAAGGCCGGGUCUCUGUCCAGGAGGUAGCAGAGAUGGACCAUGUUCAGCAGUACCUGGAGGGCACGGGAAGCAUUGCAGGUGUUGCCAUACUGCCGACCGGUGAGAGGAAGAGUCUGUACCAGGCGCUGACAGAGCACCUCCUCAUGCCAGGCACAGCACUGGCCCUCCUGCAGGCCCAGGCUGCCACUGCCUGCCUGACAGAGCCCACCAAGAACCAGAGACUCUCAGUUGAUGAUUGUGUCAAGGCUGGUGUGGUUGGGCCGGAGCUCUAUGAGAAGCUGUCGUCCGCUGAGAGAGCUGCCACCGGGUACCGAGACCCCUACACUGGGGAGCUGCUCUCUCUGUUUCAAGCCAUGAAUAAGGGGCUCAUUGCCAGGGACCAGGGGACUUACCUACUGGAGGCCCAGCUGGCCACCGGUGGCCUCAUCGAUCCAGUCCACAAUCACCGUGUCCCAGUGGAGAUGGCCUGCCAACGGGGCUACCUUGAUGAAGAGAUGAAGUGGCUCCUCUUCCAUCCCACCCAUGACAUGAAAGGGUUCUUCGACCCCAACACGAAGGAGACCCUCACGUACGCAGAGUUAUUGGAGAGGUGUGUCACUGACCCAGACACCGGUCUCCGCCUGCUGCCGCUCUUCGGAGAAAAUGGGGAAGGGUCUCAGGGCAUGCAUUCCUUCAUAGACCACAGGACCCGAAUGGCUUUGGAAGACACAACAGUACCCGUGGCCUGUGGCAAAUUCAAGGGGAAGUCAGUGUCGCUCUGGAAACUCCUCUUCUCGGACUACUUCACAAACGUGCAAAGGGCCACGCUUACCCAGCAGUGCCGCACCGCAACUUUCUCCAUGAAGGAACUGGCUAAGACCAUCAGCACCACAGUUCAGCAAAUGGCUUCCACCGCUAAUAUCACCUUUGAAGGCCUGAGGCACAAAGUGACCCCUAGCCAGCUCCUGAGCGCUGACAUCAUCAACAGGGAUUUGUUUGAGAAACUGAGCCAAGGGGAGACAUCAGCCAGAGAAGUUGUCUGCAUGGACACAGUCAGGAAGUACCUGGAAGGGACAGGCAGUAUCAGUGGGCUGCUGCUGCCCGAUUCCCAGGAGAAAAUCAGCAUCUACCAGGCAAAGAGGAAAGGCCUUCUAAUGCCAGGGACAUCCCUCAUCCUCCUCGAGGCACAGGCUGCCACUGGAUUCAUCAUCGACCCAGCUGCAAACAAGAAAUAUUCUGUGGAGGAGGCUCUGCGAGCCAAUGUCAUCGGUCCAGAUAUUUACAACAAGCUUCUGGCAGCAGAGAAAGCAGUCACUGGCUACAAAGACCCCUACACUGGCAACAAGAUCUCCCUCUUCCAGGCCAUGAGCAAAGGCCACAUCAUCAGAGACCACGGCAUCCGCCUGCUGGAGGCCCAGAUCGCCACCGGCGGCAUCAUCGACCCCUUGCACAGUCACCGCCUCCCUGUGGAGGUGGCUUACAAGCGGGGCUACUUUGACAAGAAGAUGAACCGGAUCCUCUCUGACCCCAGCGUUGACACCAAGGGCUUCUUCGACCCCAACACGCACGAGAACCUCACGUACUUGCAGCUGAAGGAGAAGUGCAUCACAGAGCCCUCCACUGGACUCUGCCUCCUGCCUCUGAACAGCAAAAAGCGUCAGUUCAUCAACGACACCACCAAACAAGCCUUCAGGAGCACCUGGCUCCUCGUGAAGUACGGGAGGUUCCAAGGAGAAAGGGUCUCUGUGUGGGACCUGUUGAACUCUGAGUAUUUCAGCGAGGGAAAGCGGCGGGAGAUAUUUAAUCACUACCAGCUGCGGAAGCUCACCCUGGAGCAGAUCAGACUGAUGUUGGAGGAAGAGAUGAAAAAAUGGGCCCACAUCAAAUUCCCAGCCAUGAGAGGCAGCGUCACGGCCUACCACCUGCUAGAAACUGGCAUCAUAGACAAGGCCCUGUUCGAGAGGGUGCUGGAGGGAGCCGUGAGCCCGGAGGACGUCCUGCGCAUGGACUCUGUCCGCAAAUACCUCUACGGCUCCGGCAGCAUUGGGGGGAUCGUGCUCCAGCCAUCAAACCAGAGAAUGAGCAUCUAUGAAGCCAUGAAGCAGAAGAUUGUGAUGCCAGGGGUGGCUCUCCCACUGCUCGAGGCCCAGGCUGCUACUGGCUUCGUCAUCGACCCAGUGAACAACCAGAAGCUGUGCGUUGAUGAAGCCGUAAGGGAAGGGGUUAUCGGGCCAGAACUCCAUGAGAAACUGCAGCACGCAGAAGGAGCCGUAAUGGGCUAUAAAGACCCUUUCACCGGAGAAAAGAUCUCCCUCUUCCAAGCCAUGAAGAAGGGCCUCAUCGCUGACAAACAGGCUAUUCAGCUCAUGGAAGCCCAAAUUGCCACAGGAGGCAUCAUCGACCCUCACCACGGCCACUAUGUCCCUGUGGAAUUUGCCCAGAAACAAGGCUACUUGGACGAGGACAUGAGCAAAACCCUCUCUAGUGCCUCUGAUAAUACCAGGGUCUACUGCAUCCCCAACAGCAAGGAGCCUGUGACCUACGCUCAGCUCAUUGCUCACUGCCAGAAGGAUGAAAACUCUGGCCUCCACUUGCUGCCUUUGCCACAGACAGCUGUGCCUGUCCGCACAGAUGAGCAGAUCCAGCAGCUAUUCAAGGACACCAUGGUGAAGGCAAAAGGGGUCUCCCUCUGGGAGCUGAUCCACUCUGGCUACUUCACUGAGGAGCAGAGAAAUGACUUUGUGGAGAAGUACCGGUCUGAGGACAUGUCUGUCUGGCAGCUGGUCACUCUUGUCCUGAAGCUUGUUGAGGAAAUAGAGAUGAAAGCCCAUACCCACAUCACCUUUGAAGGCCUGCGGGGCAGCGUGCCUGCUGUCUGGCUGUUCGAUGCUGGCAUCAUUACUGAGAAGACGUUCGUGGAGCUGGCUAAGGGAAAACAAACGGCUGGAGAAGUAGCCGAGAUGGAGAGCGUGAAGAGAUACUUACAGGGCACGGGGAGCAUUGCUGGGAUUUUCAUACAGGCCUCCAAGAAGAGGAUGAGCAUUUACCAAGCAAUGAAAAACAAUCUCCUCCUGCCUGGGACAGGGGUGUUGUUGCUAGAGGCUCAAGCAGCCACAGGAGCUGUUAUAGACCCAGUAACAAACCAGAAACUUGGUGUGGAAGAUGCCGUCAAAGCAGCCAUUGUCGGUGAGGAACUCAUGGAGAAGCUGCUUCUAGCAGAGAGAGCAGUGACUGGUUACACAGACCCAUACACGGGGAACUCAAUCUCAGUCUGUCAAGCAGUCAGGAAAGGCCUCAUUCCCAUGAGUGAUGGUGUUCCCUUAAUAGAGGCCCAGCUGGCUACAGGAGGGGUCAUCGAUCCCAUCCACCAUCAUCAUCUUCCUCUUCCUGCUGCCUACAUGCACGGCUUUUAUGAUGAAGAAAUGAACCAGGCCCUAACCCAGCCCACUGACAACACCAAAGUCUUCUUUGAUCCAAACACAAAGGAAAACUUGACCUACCAGCAGCUGAAAGACAAGUGUGUCCCUGAUGCUGAGACAGGCCUCUGGCUACUACCUCUGUCUGAAACUGCAGCAUUCUAUGUGGACAAACAAACCAUGGAGGUGCUGAAAUCUGUGACAGUCUGUGUCGCAGUAGGUCGGUUCAAAGGGCAAACAGUUUCCCUCUGGGACCUUCUCAAUUCCGAGUAUAUCACAGACUGCAAGCAGAGAGAGCUGGUGAAACUAUACAAAGGGGAGAACACUGUGGCUCUGCAAGAAAUCAUCACCACCGUUACCACAAUCAUUGAAGAAUCUGAGAAGCAGGGCAAGAGGCUCACGUUCAAGGGCCUGCGGAAGCAAGUGUCUGCCAGCGACCUCUUCCAGUCUCAGCUGAUAGACAAGAAAACCCUGGAUGAACUCAAGCAGGGACAGAAAACUGUCAAAGAAGUCACAGAGAUGGACUCCGUCCGGAGAUACCUGGAGGGGGGUAACUUCAUAGCUGGAGUGCUAGUACAGCCAGCCAAUGAGAAGAUGAGCAUCUACCAGGCUAUGACGAGAAGCAUGCUGAGGCCGGGCACUGCACUGGUGUUGCUGGAGGCGCAGGCUGCCACCGGGUUUGUUAUUGACCCGAUGAAGAACAAGAGGCUGUCAGUGGAGGAGGCACUUGCUGCUGGGCUCAUUGGACAAGAGGUCUAUGAAAAGCUGCUGUCUGCAGAGAGAGCAGUGACCGGAUACACUGAUCCCUGCACAAAAGGCCAAAUCUCCCUCUUCGAAGCCAUGAACCAGGGACUGAUCCUCAAGAGCCAUGGCAUCCGCCUGCUGGAGGCCCAGAUUGCCACCGGGGGCAUCAUCGACCCCGUGCACAGUCACCGCCUCCCCGUGGAGGUGGCUUACAAGCGGGGCUUCUUCGACGAAGAGAUGAACCGGAUCCUCUGUGACCCCAGCGACGACACCAAGGGCUUCUUCGACCCCAACACUCAUGAGAACCUCACCUACAUACAACUCCUGGAGAGAUGUGUCCAAGACCCUGAGACUGGGCUGUACAUGCUCCAAAUAGUAAAGCAUGGGGGGAGCUACUUCUUUAUCGAUGAGUCAAUGAAACAAUUUUUAUGCUCAAAACCCAUUAAAAUGCAUGUUGGGAAGUUCAAAGGCCAAACAGUGUCCCUCUGGGACCUGCUCUGCUCUCAGUACAUCUCAGAACAGAAAAGAAAAGAACUAGUGAAGCAAUAUAAAUGUGAAACCCUGACAAUAGAACAGCUCAUCACAGUCAUCACCACCAUCAUUGAGGAAAUGGAACUCAGAACCCAAGCCCUUAAGGUAAAAGGACUCAGAGGAGAUGUAUCAGUGUCAGAAUUAUUCAAUGCUGAGAUAAUUGACAAAACAACACUGGACAAUCUGCAAAAAGGAACUCUCACAGUCCAUCAACUCACCCACAUGGAUUCUGUCAAGAGGUAUCUGGAUGGAACUGGCUGCAUUGCUGGAGUUCUGCUGCCAGCCAAGAAAGAGAGAAUGAGCAUCUACCAGGCCCGAGAGAGAGGUCUCCUAACACCAGAAUCAGCGCUGGUGCUGCUGGAGGCGCAGGCUGCCACUGGCUUUAUCAUUGACCCGCUGAAGAACGAGAAGCUGUCCGUCGACGAAGCCGUCUCCGCUGGCCUGGUGGGCAGUGAGAUUCAGGAGAAGCUGCUUUCUGCAGAGAGAGCAGUAACCGGAUACACUGACCCCUACACAGGCAACAAGAUCUCCCUCUUCCAGGCCAUGAAGAAAGACCUGCUCGUCAAAGACCACGGCAUCCCCCUGCUGGAGGCCCAGAUCGCCACCGGCGGCAUCAUCGACCCCGUGCACAGUCACCGCCUCCCUGUGGAGAUGGCUUACAAGCGGGGAUAUUUGGACGAUGACACAUUUCUCCUUCUUUCUGAUCCACAACAUGGCAACAAACAAUUUAUGGAUCCUAACACCAAGGAAAAACUCAGUUAUGCGCAGCUUCUGCACAGAUGUAGCAAAGACCCAGACACAGGACUGUGCCUGCUCCAGAUAAUAGAAAAGAAGGAAGACUAUUUCUACAUUGAUGAGCAAACAAAAAAUACAAUGUUAUCCACCAUGGUUCAAGUACCGGUAGGGAAAUACAAAGGACAUAAUUUAUCUCUAUGGGAACUCCUCUGUUCCGAAUAUAUCACUGAGGAAAAGAGGAAAGAAUUGGUAAAACGAUACAAAAAGGAAUCCACAGCUAUUCUACAAAAGAUCAUUGAUAUCAUCUUAACAAUUAUACACGAAAAAGAGAGGAGCAGAAAAGAUAUAUGGUUCCAGGGAAUCAGACAACAAAUCACUGCAUCAGAACUACUCAAUGCACAGAUAAUUACCAAGGACACAAUGGAAAAGCUAGAGGACGGAAAACAGACUGCAAAAGAUAUAGCAAAGAUGGAUGCCAUAAAGAGAUACCUUGAAGGAACUAGCUGCAUUGCCGGAGUUCUUGUGCCAUCCAACACAGACCCGUCCAGGACAGAGAAGAUGAGCAUCUACCAGGCCAUGUGGAAGGGGAUUCUGAGGCCGGGCACCGCGCUGGUGUUGCUGGAGGCGCAGGCUGCCACCGGCUUUAUCACUGACCCGCUGAAGAACGAGAAGCUGUCCGUCGAUGAAGCCAUCUCCGCCGGCCUGGUGGGCAGUGAGGUCCACGAGAAGCUGCUCUCUGCAGAGAGAGCAGUGACCGGAUACACUGACCCCUACACAGGCAACAAGAUCUCCCUCUUCCAGGCCAUGAAGAAAGACCUGCUCGUCAAAGACCACGGCAUCCGCCUGCUGGAGGCCCAGAUCGCCACCGGGGGCAUCAUCGACCCCGUGCACAGUCACCGCCUCCCCGUGGAGGUGGCUUACAAGCGGGGCUACUUCGACGAAGAGAUGAACCGGAUCCUCUGUGACCCCAGCGACGACACCAAGGGCUUCUUCGACCCCAACACUCACGAGAACCUCACCUACAUGCAGCUCCUCAGCAGAUGCGUCCCAGACCCAGACACGGGGCUCCUUAUGCUUCAGCUGAUGCACAAAGGCUCCGUGCUCUUCCAGCUAGAUGAACAAACACGAAUCUCCUUACAGUCUGCCCCUGCCACCGUCAGCGUGGGACUCUUCCAGGGGCAGAACGUGACCGUGUGGGAGCUUCUCUUCUCCAGAUACGUCCCUGACCAAAAAAGGCAGGAGCUUCUGAAGAAGUACAAAGCGGGGACGCUAACCAUUCAGGAAAUGACAACCAUCAUCACCACCCUCAUCACCGAGACCGAGAAAAAGAGCGGCAAACAGCCCAGAAGUGACGAACAAGCGGAAAAGACUCUCCGGCUCGCCACCGUCGAUGUAUCGGUCGGCGAGUUCCAAGGGCGAAAGGUCUCCGUGUGGGAACUUCUCUUCUCCAAAUACCUCUCGGAAGAGAAAAGGCAGGAGGUGCUGGAGAAGUACAGAGCAGGGACCGUGACCCUGGAGGAGCUGGUCAGAAUCCUCACCACCAUCGUUGAGGAGAAAGAAGAGAGAAGCAGCAAACUGAAGUUCUCCGGCCUCAGGAGGCAGGUGACUGCCUCAGAGCUGUUCAGCUCUGACAUUAUUGACCAGAACACGCUGACUGAACUCACCCAGGGCACCAAGACGGUGCAGGAGAUCACGGAAAUGGAUUCCGUAAAGAGAUACCUUGAAGGAACUAGCUGCAUUGCCGGAGUCCUUGUGCCAUCCAACACAGACCCGUCCAGGACAGAGAAGAUGAGCAUCUACCAGGCCAUGUGGAAGGGGAUUCUGAGGCCGGGCACCGCGCUGGUGCUGCUGGAGGCGCAGGCUGCCACCGGCUUUAUCACUGACCCGCUGAAGAACGAGAAGCUGUCCGUCGAUGAAGCCGUCUCCGCCGGCCUAGUGGGCAGUGAGGUUCACGAGAAGCUGCUCUCUGCAGAGAGAGCAGUGACCGGAUACACUGACCCCUACACAGGCAACAAGAUCUCCCUCUUCCAGGCCAUGAAGAAAGACCUGCUCGUCAAAGACCACGGCAUCCGCCUGCUGGAAGCCCAGAUCGCCACCGGGGGCAUCAUCGACCCCGUGCACAGUCACCGCCUCCCCGUGGAGGUGGCUUACAAGCGGGGCUACUUCGACGAAGAGAUGAACCGGAUCCUCUGUGACCCCAGCGACGACACCAAGGGCUUCUUCGACCCCAACACUCACGAGAACCUCACCUACAUGCAGCUCCUCAGCAGAUGCGUCCCAGACCCAGACACGGGGCUCCUUAUGCUUCAGCUGAUGCACAAAGGCUCCGUGCUCUUCCAGCUAGACGAACAAACACGAAUCUCCUUACAGUCUGCCCCUGCCACCGUCAGCGUGGGACUCUUCCAGGGGCAGAACGUGACCGUGUGGGAGCUUCUCUUCUCCAGAUACAUCCCUGACCAAAAAAGGCAGGAGCUUCUGAAGAAGUACAAAGCGGGGACGCUAACCAUUCAGGAAAUGACAACCAUCAUCACCACCCUCAUCACCGAGACCGAGAAAAAGAGCGGCAAAGAGCCCAGAGGUGUGGAAGGCCCCUGCCGAGAGGAGAGAACAUCCGGGAGAGCUGCCAGCGCCCCUUCUCCGCAGGACGAACAAGCGGAAAAGACUCUCCGGCUCGCCACCGUCGAUGUAUCGGUCGGCGAGUUCCAAGGGCGAAAGGUCUCCGUGUGGGAACUUCUCUUCUCCAAAUACCUCUCGGAAGAGAAAAGGCAGGAGGUGCUGGAGAAGUACAGAGCAGGGACCGUGACCCUGGAGGAGCUGGUCAGAAUCCUCACCACCAUCGUUGAGGAGAAAGAAGAGAGAAGCAGCAAACUGAAGUUCUCCGGCCUCAGGAGGCAGGUGACUGCCUCAGAGCUGUUCAGCUCUGACAUUAUUGACCAGAACACGCUGACUGAACUCACCCAGGGCACCAAGACGGUGCAGGAGAUCACGGAAAUGGAUUCCGUAAAGAGAUACCUUGAAGGAACUAGCUGCAUUGCCGGAGUCCUUGUGCCAUCCAACACAGACCCAUCCAGGACAGAGAAGAUGAGCAUCUACCAGGCCAUGUGGAAGGGGAUUCUGAGGCCGGGCACCGCGCUGGUGCUGCUGGAGGCGCAGGCUGCCACCGGCUUUAUCACUGACCCGCUGAAGAACGAGAAGCUGUCCGUCGAUGAAGCCGUCUCCGCCGGCCUGGUGGGCAGUGAGGUUCACGAGAAGCUGCUCUCUGCAGAGAGAGCAGUGACCGGAUACACUGACCCCUACACAGGCAACAAGAUCUCCCUCUUCCAGGCCAUGAAGAAAGACCUGCUCGUCAAAGACCACGGCAUCCGCCUGCUGGAAGCCCAGAUCGCCACCGGGGGCAUCAUCGACCCCGUGCACAGUCACCGCCUCCCCGUGGAGGUGGCUUACAAGCGGGGCUACUUCGACGAAGAGAUGAACCGGAUCCUCUGUGACCCCAGCAACGACACCAAGGGCUUCUUCGACCCCAACACUCACGAGAACCUCACCUACAUGCAGCUCCUCACCAGAUGCAUCCCAGACCCAGACACGGGGCUCCUUAUGCUUCAGCUGAUGCACAAAGGCUCCGUGCUCUUCCAGCUAGACGAACAAACACGAAUCUCCUUACAGUCUGCCCCUGCCACCGUCAGCGUGGGACUCUUCCAGGGGCAGAACGUUACCGUGUGGGAGCUUCUCUUCUCCAGAUACAUCCCUGACCAAAAAAGGCAGGAGCUUCUGAAGAAGUACAAAGCGGGGACGCUAACCAUUCAGGAAAUGACAACCAUCAUCACCACCCUCAUCACCGAGACCGAGAAAAAGAGCGGCAAAGAGCCCAGAGGUGUGGAAGGCCCCUGCCGAGAGGAGAGAACAUCCGGGAGAGCUGCCAGCGCCCCUUCUCCGCAGGACGAACAAGCGGAAAAGACUCUCCGGCUCGCCACCGUCGAUGUAUCGGUCGGCGAGUUCCAAGGGCGAAAGGUCUCCGUGUGGGAACUUCUCUUCUCCAAAUACCUCUCGGAAGAGAAAAGGCAGGAGGUGCUGGAGAAGUACAGAGCAGGGACCGUGACCCUGGAGGAGCUGGUCAGAAUCCUCACCACCAUCGUUGAGGAGAAAGAAGAGAGAAGCAGCAAACUGAAGUUCUCCGGCCUCAGGAGGCAGGUGACUGCCUCAGAGCUGUUCAGCUCUGACAUUAUUGACCAGAACACGCUGACUGAACUCACCCAGGGCACCAAGACGGUGCAGGAGAUCACGGAAAUGGAUUCCGUAAAGAGAUACCUUGAAGGAACUAGCUGCAUUGCCGGAGUCCUUGUGCCAUCCAACACAGACCCAUCCAGGACAGAGAAGAUGAGCAUCUACCAGGCCAUGUGGAAGGGGAUUCUGAGGCCGGGCACCGCGCUGGUGCUGCUGGAGGCGCAGGCUGCCACCGGCUUUAUCACUGACCCGCUGAAGAACGAGAAGCUGUCCGUCGAUGAAGCCGUCUCCGCCGGCCUGGUGGGCAGUGAGGUUCACGAGAAGCUGCUCUCUGCAGAGAGAGCAGUGACCGGAUACACUGACCCCUACACAGGCAACAAGAUCUCCCUCUUCCAGGCCAUGAAGAAAGACCUGCUCGUCAAAGACCACGGCAUCCGCCUGCUGGAAGCCCAGAUCGCCACCGGGGGCAUCAUCGACCCCGUGCACAGUCACCGCCUCCCCGUGGAGGUGGCUUACAAGCGGGGCUACUUCGACGAAGAGAUGAACCGGAUCCUCUGUGACCCCAGCAACGACACCAAGGGCUUCUUCGACCCCAACACUCACGAGAACCUCACCUACAUGCAGCUCCUCACCAGAUGCAUCCCAGACCCAGACACGGGGCUCCUUAUGCUUCAGCUGAUGCACAAAGGCUCCGUGCUCUUCCAGCUAGACGAACAAACACGAAUCUCCUUACAGUCUGCCCCUGCCACCGUCAGCGUGGGACUCUUCCAGGGGCAGAACGUUACCGUGUGGGAGCUUCUCUUCUCCAGAUACAUCCCUGACCAAAAAAGGCAGGAGCUUCUGAAGAAGUACAAAGCGGGGACACUAACCAUUCAGGAAAUGACAACCAUCAUCACCACCCUCAUCACCGAGACCGAGAAAAAGAGCGGCAAAGAGCCCAGAGGUGUGGAAGGCCCCUGCCGAGAGGAGAGAACAUCCGGGAGAGCUGCCCACGCCCCUUCUCCGCAGGACGAACAAGCGGAAAAGACUCUCCGGCUCGCCACCGUCGAUGUAUCGGUCGGCGAGUUCCAAGGGCGAAAGGUCUCCGUGUGGGAACUUCUCUUCUCCAAAUACCUCUCGGAAGAGAAAAGGCAGGAGGUGCUGGAGAAGUACAGAGCAGGGACCGUGACCCUGGAGGAGCUGGUCAGAAUCCUCACCACCAUCGUUGAGGAGAAAGAAGAGAGAAGCAGCAAACUGAAGUUCUCCGGCCUCAGGAGGCAGGUGACUGCCUCAGAGCUGUUCAGCUCUGACAUUAUUGACCAGAACACGCUGACUGAACUCACCCAGGGCACCAAGACGGUGCAGGAGAUCACGGAAAUGGAUUCCGUAAAGAGAUACCUUGAAGGAACUAGCUGCAUUGCCGGAGUCCUUGUGCCAUCCAACACAGACCCAUCCAGGACAGAGAAGAUGAGCAUCUACCAGGCCAUGUGGAAGGGGAUUCUGAGGCCGGGCACCGCGCUGGUGCUGCUGGAGGCGCAGGCUGCCACCGGCUUUAUCACUGACCCGCUGAAGAACGAGAAGCUGUCCGUCGAUGAAGCCGUCUCCGCCGGCCUGGUGGGCAGUGAGGUUCACGAGAAGCUGCUCUCUGCAGAGAGAGCAGUGACCGGAUACACUGACCCCUACACAGGCAACAAGAUCUCCCUCUUCCAGGCCAUGAAGAAAGACCUGCUCAUCAAAGACCACGGCAUCCGCCUGCUGGAAGCCCAGAUCGCCACCGGGGGCAUCAUCGACCCCGUGCACAGUCACCGCCUCCCCGUGGAGGUGGCUUACAAGCGGGGCUACUUCGACGAAGAGAUGAACCGGAUCCUCUGUGACCCCAGCGACGACACCAAGGGCUUCUUCGACCCAAACACUCACGAGAACCUCACCUACAUGCAGCUCCUCAGCAGAUGCGUCCCAGACCCAGACACGGGGCUCCUUAUGCUUCAGCUGAUGCACAAAGGCUCCGUGCUCUUCCAGCUAGAUGAACAAACACGAAUCUCCUUACAGUCUGCCCCUGCCACCGUCAGCGUGGGACUCUUCCAGGGGCAGAACGUGACCGUGUGGGAGCUUCUCUUCUCCAGAUACGUCCCUGACCAAAAAAGGCAGGAGCUUCUGAAGAAGUACAAAGCGGGGACGCUAACCAUUCAGGAAAUGACAACCAUCAUCACCACCCUCAUCACCGAGACCGAGAAAAAGAGCGGCAAACAGCCCAGAAGUGUGGAAGGCCCCUGCCGAGAGGAGAGAACAUCCGGGAGAGCUGCCCACGCCCCUUCUCCGCAGGACGAACAAGCGGAAAAGACUCUCCGGCUCGCCACCGUCGAUGUAUCGGUCGGCGAGUUCCAAGGGCGAAAGGUCUCCGUGUGGGAACUUCUCUUCUCCAAAUACCUCUCGGAAGAGAAAAGGCAGGAGGUGCUGGAGAAGUACAGAGCAGGGACCGUGACCCUGGAGGAGCUGGUCAGAAUCCUCACCACCAUCGUUGAGGAGAAAGAAGAGAGAAGCAGCAAACUGAAGUUCUCCGGCCUCAGGAGGCAGGUGACUGCCUCAGAGCUGUUCAGCUCUGACAUUAUUGACCAGAACACGCUGACUGAACUCACCCAGGGCACCAAGACGGUGCAGGAGAUCACGGAAAUGGAUUCCGUAAAGAGAUACCUUGAAGGAACUAGCUGCAUUGCCGGAGUCCUUGUGCCAUCCAACACAGACCCGUCCAGGACAGAGAAGAUGAGCAUCUACCAGGCCAUGUGGAAGGGGAUUCUGAGGCCGGGCACCGCGCUGGUGCUGCUGGAGGCGCAGGCUGCCACCGGCUUUAUCACUGACCCGCUGAAGAACGAGAAGCUGUCCGUCGAUGAAGCCGUCUCCGCCGGCCUAGUGGGCAGUGAGGUUCACGAGAAGCUGCUCUCUGCAGAGAGAGCAGUGACCGGAUACACUGACCCCUACACAGGCAACAAGAUCUCCCUCUUCCAGGCCAUGAAGAAAGACCUGCUCGUCAAAGACCACGGCAUCCGCCUGCUGGAAGCCCAGAUCGCCACCGGGGGCAUCAUCGACCCCGUGCACAGUCACCGCCUCCCCGUGGAGGUGGCUUACAAGCGGGGCUACUUCGACGAAGAGAUGAACCGGAUCCUCUGUGACCCCAGCGACGACACCAAGGGCUUCUUCGACCCCAACACUCACGAGAACCUCACCUACAUGCAGCUCCUCAGCAGAUGCGUCCCAGACCCAGACACGGGGCUCCUUAUGCUUCAGCUGAUGCACAAAGGCUCCGUGCUCUUCCAGCUAGACGAACAAACACGAAUCUCCUUACAGUCUGCCCCUGCCACCGUCAGCGUGGGACUCUUCCAGGGGCAGAACGUGACCGUGUGGGAGCUUCUCUUCUCCAGAUACAUCCCUGACCAAAAAAGGCAGGAGCUUCUGAAGAAGUACAAAGCGGGGACGCUAACCAUUCAGGAAAUGACAACCAUCAUCACCACCCUCAUCACCGAGACCGAGAAAAAGAGCGGCAAAGAGCCCAGAGGUGUGGAAGGCCCCUGCCGAGAGGAGAGAACAUCCGGGAGAGCUGCCAGCGCCCCUUCUCCGCAGGACGAACAAGCGGAAAAGACUCUCCGGCUCGCCACCGUCGAUGUAUCGGUCGGCGAGUUCCAAGGGCGAAAGGUCUCCGUGUGGGAACUUCUCUUCUCCAAAUACCUCUCGGAAGAGAAAAGGCAGGAGGUGCUGGAGAAGUACAGAGCAGGGACCGUGACCCUGGAGGAGCUGGUCAGAAUCCUCACCACCAUCGUUGAGGAGAAAGAAGAGAGAAGCAGCAAACUGAAGUUCUCCGGCCUCAGGAGGCAGGUGACUGCCUCAGAGCUGUUCAGCUCUGACAUUAUUGACCAGAACACGCUGACUGAACUCACCCAGGGCACCAAGACGGUGCAGGAGAUCACGGAAAUGGAUUCCGUAAAGAGAUACCUUGAAGGAACUAGCUGCAUUGCCGGAGUCCUUGUGCCAUCCAACACAGACCCAUCCAGGACAGAGAAGAUGAGCAUCUACCAGGCCAUGUGGAAGGGGAUUCUGAGGCCGGGCACCGCGCUGGUGCUGCUGGAGGCGCAGGCUGCCACCGGCUUUAUCACUGACCCGCUGAAGAACGAGAAGCUGUCCGUCGAUGAAGCCGUCUCCGCCGGCCUGGUGGGCAGUGAGGUUCACGAGAAGCUGCUCUCUGCAGAGAGAGCAGUGACCGGAUACACUGACCCCUACACAGGCAACAAGAUCUCCCUCUUCCAGGCCAUGAAGAAAGACCUGCUCGUCAAAGACCACGGCAUCCGCCUGCUGGAAGCCCAGAUCGCCACCGGGGGCAUCAUCGACCCCGUGCACAGUCACCGCCUCCCCGUGGAGGUGGCUUACAAGCGGGGCUACUUCGACGAAGAGAUGAACCGGAUCCUCUGUGACCCCAGCAACGACACCAAGGGCUUCUUCGACCCCAACACUCACGAGAACCUCACCUACAUGCAGCUCCUCACCAGAUGCAUCCCAGACCCAGACACGGGGCUCCUUAUGCUUCAGCUGAUGCACAAAGGCUCCGUGCUCUUCCAGCUAGACGAACAAACACGAAUCUCCUUACAGUCUGCCCCUGCCACCGUCAGCGUGGGACUCUUCCAGGGGCAGAACGUUACCGUGUGGGAGCUUCUCUUCUCCAGAUACAUCCCUGACCAAAAAAGGCAGGAGCUUCUGAAGAAGUACAAAGCGGGGACGCUAACCAUUCAGGAAAUGACAACCAUCAUCACCACCCUCAUCACCGAGACCGAGAAAAAGAGCGGCAAAGAGCCCAGAGGUGUGGAAGGCCCCUGCCGAGAGGAGAGAACAUCCGGGAGAGCUGCCAGCGCCCCUUCUCCGCAGGACGAACAAGCGGAAAAGACUCUCCGGCUCGCCACCGUCGAUGUAUCGGUCGGCGAGUUCCAAGGGCGAAAGGUCUCCGUGUGGGAACUUCUCUUCUCCAAAUACCUCUCGGAAGAGAAAAGGCAGGAGGUGCUGGAGAAGUACAGAGCAGGGACCGUGACCCUGGAGGAGCUGGUCAGAAUCCUCACCACCAUCGUUGAGGAGAAAGAAGAGAGAAGCAGCAAACUGAAGUUCUCCGGCCUCAGGAGGCAGGUGACUGCCUCAGAGCUGUUCAGCUCUGACAUUAUUGACCAGAACACGCUGACUGAACUCACCCAGGGCACCAAGACGGUGCAGGAGAUCACGGAAAUGGAUUCCGUAAAGAGAUACCUUGAAGGAACUAGCUGCAUUGCCGGAGUCCUUGUGCCAUCCAACACAGACCCAUCCAGGACAGAGAAGAUGAGCAUCUACCAGGCCAUGUGGAAGGGGAUUCUGAGGCCGGGCACCGCGCUGGUGCUGCUGGAGGCGCAGGCUGCCACCGGCUUUAUCACUGACCCGCUGAAGAACGAGAAGCUGUCCGUCGAUGAAGCCGUCUCCGCCGGCCUAGUGGGCAGUGAGGUUCACGAGAAGCUGCUCUCUGCAGAGAGAGCAGUGACCGGAUACACUGACCCCUACACAGGCAACAAGAUCUCCCUCUUCCAGGCCAUGAAGAAAGACCUGCUCGUCAAAGACCACGGCAUCCGCCUGCUGGAAGCCCAGAUCGCCACCGGGGGCAUCAUCGACCCCGUGCACAGUCACCGCCUCCCCGUGGAGGUGGCUUACAAGCGGGGCUACUUCGACGAAGAGAUGAACCGGAUCCUCUGUGACCCCAGCGACGACACCAAGGGCUUCUUCGACCCCAACACUCACGAGAACCUCACCUACAUGCAGCUCCUCAGCAGAUGCGUCCCAGACCCAGACACGGGGCUCCUUAUGCUUCAGCUGAUGCACAAAGGCUCCGUGCUCUUCCAGCUAGAUGAACAAACACGAAUCUCCUUACAGUCUGCCCCUGCCACCGUCAGCGUGGGACUCUUCCAGGGGCAGAACGUGACCGUGUGGGAGCUUCUCUUCUCCAGAUACGUCCCUGACCAAAAAAGGCAGGAGCUUCUGAAGAAGUACAAAGCGGGGACGCUAACCAUUCAGGAAAUGACAACCAUCAUCACCACCCUCAUCACCGAGACCGAGAAAAAGAGCGGCAAAGAGCCCAGAGGUGUGGAAGGCCCCUGCCGAGAGGAGAGAACAUCCGGGAGAGCUGCCCGCGCCCCUUCUCCGCAGGACGAACAAGCGGAAAAGACUCUCCGGCUCGCCACCGUCGAUGUAUCGGUCGGCGAGUUCCAAGGGCGAAAGGUCUCCGUGUGGGAACUUCUCUUCUCCAAAUACCUCUCGGAAGAGAAAAGGCAGGAGGUGCUGGAGAAGUACAGAGCAGGGACCGUGACUCUGGAGGAGCUGGUCAGAAUCCUCACCACCAUCGUUGAGGAGAAAGAAGAGAGAAGCAGCAAACUGAAAUUCUCCGGCCUCAGGAGGCAGGUGACUGCCUCAGAGCUGUUCAGCUCUGACAUUAUUGACCAGAACACGCUGACUGAACUCACCCAGGGCACCAAGACGGUGCAGGAGAUCACGGAAAUGGAUUCCGUAAAGAGAUACCUUGAAGGAACUAGCUGCAUUGCCGGAGUCCUUGUGCCAUCCAACACAGACCCAUCCAGGACAGAGAAGAUGAGCAUCUACCAGGCCAUGUGGAAGGGAAUUCUGAGGCCGGGCACCGCGCUGGUGCUGCUGGAGGCGCAGGCUGCCACCGGCUUUAUCACUGACCCGCUGAAGAACGAGAAGCUGUCCGUCGAUGAAGCCGUCUCCGCCGGCCUGGUGGGCAGUGAGGUCCACGAGAAGCUGCUCUCUGCAGAGAGAGCAGUGACCGGAUACACUGACCCCUACACAGGCAACAAGAUCUCCCUCUUCCAGGCCAUGAAGAAAGACCUGCUUGUCAAAGACCACGGCAUCCGCCUGCUGGAAGCCCAGAUCGCCACCGGGGGCAUCAUCGACCCCGUGCACAGUCACCGCCUCCCCGUGGAGGUGGCUUACAAGCGGGGCUACUUCGACGAAGAGAUGAACCGGAUCCUCUGUGACCCCAGCGACGACACCAAGGGCUUCUUCGACCCAAACACUCACGAGAACCUCACCUACAUGCAGCUCCUCAGCAGAUGCGUCCCAGACCCAGACACGGGGCUCCUUAUGCUUCAGCUGAUGCACAAAGGCUCCGUGCUCUUCCAGCUAGAUGAACAAACACGAAUCUCCUUACAGUCUGCCCCUGCCACCGUCAGCGUGGGACUCUUCCAGGGGCAGAACGUGACCGUGUGGGAGCUUCUCUUCUCCAGAUACGUCCCUGACCAAAAAAGGCAGGAGCUUCUGAAGAAGUACAAAGCGGGGACGCUAACCAUUCAGGAAAUGACAACCAUCAUCACCACCCUCAUCACCGAGACCGAGAAAAAGAGCGGCAAACAGCCCAGAAGUGUGGAAGGCCCCUGCCGAGAGGAGAGAACAUCCGGGAGAGCUGCCCACGCCCCUUCUCCGCAGGACGAACAAGCGGAAAAGACUCUCCGGCUCGCCACCGUCGAUGUAUCGGUCGGCGAGUUCCAAGGGCGAAAGGUCUCCGUGUGGGAACUUCUCUUCUCCAAAUACCUCUCGGAAGAGAAAAGGCAGGAGGUGCUGGAGAAGUACAGAGCAGGGACCGUGACCCUGGAGGAGCUGGUCAGAAUCCUCACCACCAUCGUUGAGGAGAAAGAAGAGAGAAGCAGCAAACUGAAGUUCUCCGGCCUCAGGAGGCAGGUGACUGCCUCAGAGCUGUUCAGCUCUGACAUUAUUGACCAGAACACGCUGACUGAACUCACCCAGGGCACCAAGACGGUGCAGGAGAUCACGGAAAUGGAUUCCGUAAAGAGAUACCUUGAAGGAACUAGCUGCAUUGCCGGAGUCCUUGUGCCAUCCAACACAGACCCGUCCAGGACAGAGAAGAUGAGCAUCUACCAGGCCAUGUGGAAGGGGAUUCUGAGGCCGGGCACCGCGCUGGUGCUGCUGGAGGCGCAGGCUGCCACCGGCUUUAUCACUGACCCGCUGAAGAACGAGAAGCUGUCCGUCGAUGAAGCCGUCUCCGCCGGCCUAGUGGGCAGUGAGGUUCACGAGAAGCUGCUCUCUGCAGAGAGAGCAGUGACCGGAUACACUGACCCCUACACAGGCAACAAGAUCUCCCUCUUCCAGGCCAUGAAGAAAGACCUGCUCGUCAAAGACCACGGCAUCCGCCUGCUGGAAGCCCAGAUCGCCACCGGGGGCAUCAUCGACCCCGUGCACAGUCACCGCCUCCCCGUGGAGGUGGCUUACAAGCGGGGCUACUUCGACGAAGAGAUGAACCGGAUCCUCUGUGACCCCAGCGACGACACCAAGGGCUUCUUCGACCCCAACACUCACGAGAACCUCACCUACAUGCAGCUCCUCAGCAGAUGCGUCCCAGACCCAGACACGGGGCUCCUUAUGCUUCAGCUGAUGCACAAAGGCUCCGUGCUCUUCCAGCUAGACGAACAAACACGAAUCUCCUUACAGUCUGCCCCUGCCACCGUCAGCGUGGGACUCUUCCAGGGGCAGAACGUGACCGUGUGGGAGCUUCUCUUCUCCAGAUACAUCCCUGACCAAAAAAGGCAGGAGCUUCUGAAGAAGUACAAAGCGGGGACGCUAACCAUUCAGGAAAUGACAACCAUCAUCACCACCCUCAUCACCGAGACCGAGAAAAAGAGCGGCAAAGAGCCCAGAGGUGUGGAAGGCCCCUGCCGAGAGGAGAGAACAUCCGGGAGAGCUGCCAGCGCCCCUUCUCCGCAGGACGAACAAGCGGAAAAGACUCUCCGGCUCGCCACCGUCGAUGUAUCGGUCGGCGAGUUCCAAGGGCGAAAGGUCUCCGUGUGGGAACUUCUCUUCUCCAAAUACCUCUCGGAAGAGAAAAGGCAGGAGGUGCUGGAGAAGUACAGAGCAGGGACCGUGACCCUGGAGGAGCUGGUCAGAAUCCUCACCACCAUCGUUGAGGAGAAAGAAGAGAGAAGCAGCAAACUGAAGUUCUCCGGCCUCAGGAGGCAGGUGACUGCCUCAGAGCUGUUCAGCUCUGACAUUAUUGACCAGAACACGCUGACUGAACUCACCCAGGGCACCAAGACGGUGCAGGAGAUCACGGAAAUGGAUUCCGUAAAGAGAUACCUUGAAGGAACUAGCUGCAUUGCCGGAGUCCUUGUGCCAUCCAACACAGACCCAUCCAGGACAGAGAAGAUGAGCAUCUACCAGGCCAUGUGGAAGGGGAUUCUGAGGCCGGGCACCGCGCUGGUGCUGCUGGAGGCGCAGGCUGCCACCGGCUUUAUCACUGACCCGCUGAAGAACGAGAAGCUGUCCGUCGAUGAAGCCGUCUCCGCCGGCCUGGUGGGCAGUGAGGUUCACGAGAAGCUGCUCUCUGCAGAGAGAGCAGUGACCGGAUACACUGACCCCUACACAGGCAACAAGAUCUCCCUCUUCCAGGCCAUGAAGAAAGACCUGCUCGUCAAAGACCACGGCAUCCGCCUGCUGGAAGCCCAGAUCGCCACCGGGGGCAUCAUCGACCCCGUGCACAGUCACCGCCUCCCCGUGGAGGUGGCUUACAAGCGGGGCUACUUCGACGAAGAGAUGAACCGGAUCCUCUGUGACCCCAGCAACGACACCAAGGGCUUCUUCGACCCCAACACUCACGAGAACCUCACCUACAUGCAGCUCCUCACCAGAUGCAUCCCAGACCCAGACACGGGGCUCCUUAUGCUUCAGCUGAUGCACAAAGGCUCCGUGCUCUUCCAGCUAGACGAACAAACACGAAUCUCCUUACAGUCUGCCCCUGCCACCGUCAGCGUGGGACUCUUCCAGGGGCAGAACGUUACCGUGUGGGAGCUUCUCUUCUCCAGAUACAUCCCUGACCAAAAAAGGCAGGAGCUUCUGAAGAAGUACAAAGCGGGGACGCUAACCAUUCAGGAAAUGACAACCAUCAUCACCACCCUCAUCACCGAGACCGAGAAAAAGAGCGGCAAAGAGCCCAGAGGUGUGGAAGGCCCCUGCCGAGAGGAGAGAACAUCCGGGAGAGCUGCCAGCGCCCCUUCUCCGCAGGACGAACAAGCGGAAAAGACUCUCCGGCUCGCCACCGUCGAUGUAUCGGUCGGCGAGUUCCAAGGGCGAAAGGUCUCCGUGUGGGAACUUCUCUUCUCCAAAUACCUCUCGGAAGAGAAAAGGCAGGAGGUGCUGGAGAAGUACAGAGCAGGGACCGUGACCCUGGAGGAGCUGGUCAGAAUCCUCACCACCAUCGUUGAGGAGAAAGAAGAGAGAAGCAGCAAACUGAAGUUCUCCGGCCUCAGGAGGCAGGUGACUGCCUCAGAGCUGUUCAGCUCUGACAUUAUUGACCAGAACACGCUGACUGAACUCACCCAGGGCACCAAGACGGUGCAGGAGAUCACGGAAAUGGAUUCCGUAAAGAGAUACCUUGAAGGAACUAGCUGCAUUGCCGGAGUCCUUGUGCCAUCCAACACAGACCCAUCCAGGACAGAGAAGAUGAGCAUCUACCAGGCCAUGUGGAAGGGGAUUCUGAGGCCGGGCACCGCGCUGGUGCUGCUGGAGGCGCAGGCUGCCACCGGCUUUAUCACUGACCCGCUGAAGAACGAGAAGCUGUCCGUCGAUGAAGCCGUCUCCGCCGGCCUAGUGGGCAGUGAGGUUCACGAGAAGCUGCUCUCUGCAGAGAGAGCAGUGACCGGAUACACUGACCCCUACACAGGCAACAAGAUCUCCCUCUUCCAGGCCAUGAAGAAAGACCUGCUCGUCAAAGACCACGGCAUCCGCCUGCUGGAAGCCCAGAUCGCCACCGGGGGCAUCAUCGACCCCGUGCACAGUCACCGCCUCCCCGUGGAGGUGGCUUACAAGCGGGGCUACUUCGACGAAGAGAUGAACCGGAUCCUCUGUGACCCCAGCGACGACACCAAGGGCUUCUUCGACCCCAACACUCACGAGAACCUCACCUACAUGCAGCUCCUCAGCAGAUGCGUCCCAGACCCAGACACGGGGCUCCUUAUGCUUCAGCUGAUGCACAAAGGCUCCGUGCUCUUCCAGCUAGAUGAACAAACACGAAUCUCCUUACAGUCUGCCCCUGCCACCGUCAGCGUGGGACUCUUCCAGGGGCAGAACGUGACCGUGUGGGAGCUUCUCUUCUCCAGAUACGUCCCUGACCAAAAAAGGCAGGAGCUUCUGAAGAAGUACAAAGCGGGGACGCUAACCAUUCAGGAAAUGACAACCAUCAUCACCACCCUCAUCACCGAGACCGAGAAAAAGAGCGGCAAAGAGCCCAGAGGUGUGGAAGGCCCCUGCCGAGAGGAGAGAACAUCCGGGAGAGCUGCCCGCGCCCCUUCUCCGCAGGACGAACAAGCGGAAAAGACUCUCCGGCUCGCCACCGUCGAUGUAUCGGUCGGCGAGUUCCAAGGGCGAAAGGUCUCCGUGUGGGAACUUCUCUUCUCCAAAUACCUCUCGGAAGAGAAAAGGCAGGAGGUGCUGGAGAAGUACAGAGCAGGGACCGUGACUCUGGAGGAGCUGGUCAGAAUCCUCACCACCAUCGUUGAGGAGAAAGAAGAGAGAAGCAGCAAACUGAAAUUCUCCGGCCUCAGGAGGCAGGUGACUGCCUCAGAGCUGUUCAGCUCUGACAUUAUUGACCAGAACACGCUGACUGAACUCACCCAGGGCACCAAGACGGUGCAGGAGAUCACGGAAAUGGAUUCCGUAAAGAGAUACCUUGAAGGAACUAGCUGCAUUGCCGGAGUCCUUGUGCCAUCCAACACAGACCCAUCCAGGACAGAGAAGAUGAGCAUCUACCAGGCCAUGUGGAAGGGAAUUCUGAGGCCGGGCACCGCGCUGGUGCUGCUGGAGGCGCAGGCUGCCACCGGCUUUAUCACUGACCCGCUGAAGAACGAGAAGCUGUCCGUCGAUGAAGCCGUCUCCGCCGGCCUGGUGGGCAGUGAGGUCCACGAGAAGCUGCUCUCUGCAGAGAGAGCAGUGACCGGAUACACUGACCCCUACACAGGCAACAAGAUCUCCCUCUUCCAGGCCAUGAAGAAAGACCUGCUUGUCAAAGACCACGGCAUCCGCCUGCUGGAAGCCCAGAUCGCCACCGGGGGCAUCAUCGACCCCGUGCACAGUCACCGCCUCCCCGUGGAGGUGGCUUACAAGCGGGGCUACUUCGACGAAGAGAUGAACCGGAUCCUCUGUGACCCCAGCGAUGACACCAAGGGCUUCUUCGACCCCAACACUCACGAGAACCUCACUUACAUGCAGCUCCUCAGCAGAUGCGUCCCAGACCCAGACACGGGGCUCUGUUUGCUGAAGGGCGGGGCCGGCGCGGGGAACGCUGGGAUCGGCGCCCGGUGCGGGGCCGGCGCGGGGAACGCUGGGAUUGGCGCCCGGGGCGGGGCCGGCGCGGGGAACGCUGGGAUCGGCGCCCGGGGCGGGGCCGGCGUGGGGAACGCUGGGAUUGGCGCCCGGGGCGGGGCCGGCGCGGGGAACGCUGGGAUUGGCGCCCGGUGCGGGGCCGGCGUGGGGAACGCUGGGAUCGGCGCCCGGGGCGGGGCCGGCGCGGGGUACGCUGGGAUCGGCGCCCGGGGCGGGGCCGGCGCGGGGUACGCUGGGAUCGGCGCCCGGUGCAGGGCCGGCGCGGGGAACGCUGGGAUUGGCGCCCAGGGCGGGGCCGGCGUGGGGAACGCUGGGAUCGGCGCCCGGUGCGGGGCCGGCGCAGGGAACGCUGGGAUCGGCGCCCGGUGCGGGGCCAGCACGGGGAACGCUGGGAUUGGCGCCCGGGGCGGGGCCGGUGCGGGGAACGCUGGGAUUGGCGCCCAGGGCGGGGCCGGCGCGAGGAACGCUGGGAUCGGCGCCCGGUGCGGGGCCGGCGCAGGGAACGCUGGGAUCGGUGCCCGGUGCGGGGCCAGCGCGGGGAACGCUGGGAUUGGCGACCGGGGCGGGGCCGGCGCGGGGAACGCUGGGAUUGGCGUCUGGGGCGGGGCCGGCGCGGGGAACGCUGGGAUCGGCGCCCGGGGCGGGGCCGGCGCGGGGAACGCUGGGAUCGGUGCCCGGUGCGGGGCCAGCACGGGGAACGCUGGGAUUGGCGCCCGGGGCGGGGCCGGCGCAGGGAACGCUGGGAUCGGCGCCCGGGGCGGGGCCGGCGCGGGGAACGCUGGGAUCGGCGCCCGGUGCAGGGCCAGCGCGGGGAACGCUGGGAUUGGCGUCUGGGGCGGGGCCGGCGCGGGGAACGCUGGGAUUGGCGCCCGGGGCGGGGCCGGCGCGGGGAACGCUGGGAUUGGCGCCCGGGGCGGGGCCGGCGCGGGGAACGCUGGGAUUGGCGCCUGGGGCGGGGCCGGCGCGGGGAACGCUGGGAUCGGCGCCCGGGGCGGGGCCGGCGCGGGGAACGCUGGGAUUGGGUUAUCACGUACUGGAUCCCCACUGUGCUGA